AUGGACCCUCCGACCCUCAGACUCCUGGAUCCUCAGACCCUGGACCCUCAGACUCAUGGACCCUCCGACCCUCAGACUCCUGGACCCUCAGACCCAUGGACCCUCAGACCCCUGGAACCUCAGACCCAUGGAUCCUUAGACCCCUGGACCCUCAGACCCUGGACCCUCAGACUCAUGGACCCUCCGACCCUCAGACUCCUGGACCCUCAGACCCCUGGACCUCAGACCCAUGGACUCUCAGACCCCUGGACCCUCAGACCCAUUGACCCUCAGACCCUGGACCCUCAGAUCCCUGGACCCUCAGACCCUGGACCCUCAGACUCAUGGACCCUCCGACCCUCAGACUCCUGGACCCUCAGACCCAUGGACCCUCAGACCCCUGGAACCUCAGACCCAUGGAUCCUUAGACCCAUGGACCCUCAGACCCUGGACCCUCAGACUCAUGGACCCUCCGACCCUCAGACUCCUGGACCCUCAGACCCAUGGAUCCUUAGACCCAUGGACCCUCAGACCCUGGACCCUCCGACACUCAGACUCCUGGACCCUCAGACCCAUGGACCCUCAGACCCCUGGAACCUCAGACCCAUGGAUCCUUAG